GCAAGAUGUAAAAACUGUAAGUGGUCCGCUGAAGAACGCUCAGUUCUUCCUGGGAUCUCGCUGCGUGCGCUCGCCUUUACGGAUGCGCCAUCCGUCCGUGCGACUAAUUAAUCGGUUUGACACUUAUCCGAGGAUCAUUAGCAAUCGCGAUCCCCCAAAAAAAAAAGAAAAUCAACGGCAGUACACCCAUUACCACCGCAUUAACCGCAUGCGAACUCUUGGCGGGUGAUGAAAUUCGUGGAAUUUGUUCUCUGUGUGUGAUAUAUUAUUGAUUUCUCAUCGGCAACUGAUUCAUCCGUCUAUAUACGGGAUAGAGUGAAGACGAGAGUGGAUCGUUUGCCCGAAACUAUUCGAACUGCGUGGGGCAUUUCACCAUCUCUUCAGAACACAAUGACGAAGGACCAGCAGGCCACGCCCAUUCCCGAGGAGCUGUACAAUCUCACCCAGCUGGCGGAGGUCACUCUGGCGGCGGGUCCCUUGAUCACAGCCGAGGCCAAGCCACCGGCCAGCAGUCUUUAUGCCUCCUCGGAUGACGAGUCCAACUACUACAGCCACAAGGUGUUCGAUCGCAGGAAACUGCGCCGCUGCACCAUCUCCGACUCGAAUUCCUGCACCAGCAGCAGCAGUGCCAGUUCCACCUCCAGCCUGCAGUCCACGGAGGAUCAUCUGGGUCUGGGUCUCCAGGGGCAUUCAUCCGAGCACCAUCAUCAUGCGGAGCAGGGCGAGAUUCCCAACAGCACUUCGCUGCUGGAGGACGAGCACAUCUGCCCCGAGUGCGGCAAGAAAUAUUCCACAUCCUCGAACCUAGCUCGUCAUAGACAAACUCACAGGUCAAUCAUGGACAAGAAGGCGCGUCACUGUCCCUACUGCGAGAAGGUAUACGUUUCGAUGCCCGCGUACUCGAUGCACGUGAGGACGCACAACCAGGGCUGCGAGUGCCAGUUCUGCGGCAAGCGCUUCUCGAGGCCCUGGCUCCUGCAGGGCCACAUCCGCACCCACACCGGCGAGAAGCCCUUCAAGUGCGGCGUCUGCGAGAAGGCCUUCGCCGACAAGAGCAACCUGCGUGCCCACAUCCAGACCCAUUCGAACACCAAGCCCCACACCUGUGCCCGUUGCGGCAAGGCCUUUGCCCUCAAGUCCUACCUGUACAAGCACGAGGAGUCCUCGUGCAUGAAGAACCGCGCGGGGGUCUCGGGAUCGACUGCGGGUACGGGUUCGGCCUCAAGUAACCGACCUCCCACAUCGCCCAAGAGACAGCAGUUGGAGGUGGGCAGCGGUGGCACUUCAUCGUUGGGCACUGGAUCACCUUCCACUGUGUGUGCUGCUCCCGACUCGGCCAAAUCCACACUGGCCAACAAGCUGCUGCAGAAGGAAAAGGAUCGCAGGCAGGCGGCCCUGGCCUUUCAGGGCUAUCCAGCUGGCUCAGAAGUAACUGCUUACAGCCACUCUGCUUCCGCUUUGGAGGAGUACGAGAAGUUCAAGCGGAUCAACGUUAUCCAGCCGACGGUGCUGCCUCAUAGAAUACCCAGUAUCUACCAGGAGCUGCAUCCCAGUAACCACCUGCCGCUGCCUUUGCCGUUGGCCUUGCCCUACCACUUUCCGAACCAAACUGGAAACCCUCAAGGGGGUAUUACCGCCUCCACGCAGGAACAGCCUGUUGACUUUUCGCCCAAGAACAACUUUACACACUCGGCCAAGACGAGUCCCUUCGAGCUGACUGGGAACUAUGCCAUGGUGGCAUAGGAGAUCCCGAUCCCCAAAACGAGGACACCAAGCAAAAGACACCGGAGAGAGCAAGAGCACGAGCACUACCUAAAACCAAUUCGAGGAGACGUUUUUUGAAAACCCACUAAAUGUCAAAAACUAAAACCAAAGUAGAGCUGGAAAAAU